AUGGAUUCGCUGUCUCCAGAGGAACGCAAAGAUAUAGAAGAUCAAAUAUCAAUACUGAAAGAUUCGUUUCCAGGUCAUGACUUCGAAAAUCUGCUUGAAAGACCAGCUUUUCAUGAUAUCAUGACGCAGUAUGGCGUGUUCAUUGAAGCACAAAAGCAAACAUGUCCAACGUUCUCACUCUGGAGUUCUUACAUUGAUAUUUCAGGUACACAACUAUCACAGGGACUCUGCAUAACGUAGUAAAUACAUACACAGUUAUAAUUAUCUAAACUAGUUCCCACCUGUCAGUGCAAAGAAUCACUAGAGCUUCAGUAUACGAGGUAUAUUAUCUAUGCUACUUGAGUUGUUAGUCAGACUUUUAUUUUUUGCAAAAGUUUGAUGAUGAAGUUUAUCCGCGCAACAAGAGAAAGUGAUUGGUUCCUUCAUUUGUCAACACUGAGAUCGAUGCUUCCAUGGUUUUUUGUCGCUGAUCGAGUUAACUACUCAAGAUAUGCAUCAGUCUACUGGCUUGAGAUGAAUGCUUUGGUAGAAACACACCCAAGUAAGAAAGAAUUAUAAUGAAGUGUUAAUCCUAGUUUCCAUUCGGCCAAAUACAACCAUAUAUUAUGCAUUUUGUAGUCGGACUGAGUUCUACAAUUUGAUCUAAUAGGGUAUUUUUAUGUACUGUUAAUCCCAUAUCUGGUGUCCAAGUACUAAACAAAACAAACAAAAAAAAAAUUCAUUAUUCGCUCUGUUGAACGUCGGAAGUUUGAAGUAAGACACCAAGAUGGCUGCUGUGACGUCAAAUGAAAACACCCUAUGUUGUGUGUUGUGCAUUUAUUCUUGAUUAGGUGCAGCUGAAAACCUGAAACGACAUUGGACAGUUCAGAGACAACAGCGGUAUGGUUUCUCUUCCAUCACUUGUGACCAAGCCAUAGAGCAGACAGCGAACAGAGAUUCCAAAACAAAAGGAGGAUUGAUUGGCUUCACCCUUAACAAAGGAGCUGUUAAUAGGUGGAUACUUUCCCAGUCAGAACGGUCCGCAAUCACAGGGCAGUGUCAAAUAAUGGCUGGUGCUGUUGAUAAUGAAAGGUAUAAAGCAUUUAAAUUAAGAAAAACUAAAUGUUUUUUAAAAGUGCAUUUCAGUGCAAUCGGAUGUUCAGAAUUUUUUGUCUGGUAAAUGUUCUUCAUUGUUUUUUAAUUAUUUUGUUCCUUAAUUUAACGAUGCUUUUUUUUUAAUGGUUCUCGUAGGCAACGUAAGAACUUAGAUGAAACUCACAAACAAAAUUAUGAAAAAGAAGUCAAAAGCGUCAUCAGCACGAUUGAAAGCAUGGUGAACCCAUUUGAGAAGGAACAGACAAACCUCAUUCAUCUCGCGAGCGGUGUCAUAGCGCCAUGUGCCGUUCAACAUGAUCUACUUUGUGCAAAGUCUCUUGGAGAAAAAAGCUUCAUACAAUUUGUUGGAGAAAACCUCCUUAGUGAUACACCAGAUCUAUUUGAUACAAUAAAGAAGACAAAACUUCAGACCUUUUCUUCUUCUCAAAAACCAACAAAGACAGCCACUUCGAAAGGUAAAGAAGUUUCUUUGAAAAGCUCGAGAAACCUUUGCGCUCGUCUGUUGCUUCUUGCGAAGGGCAGAGAUGUGGACAUGAAAAUUGUCUUAAGCUAUUCGCUCGGUCCGUAUCCUUUGAGUCUUGCUACUGUAGAUGGUAACCCAACGAAAACUGUAAAGGCAAAUUUGAUGCACAUGCUGGAAGAAAUGUCACCGGAAUGCGUAAAUCAUUUUCUUCCCCGCAACAGUGCUAUAAUGGUGGAUGCAAUGGCGUUACUACAAAGUCUGACAAGAAUUCCCAAGACUUUUGGUGAACUAGCUGCUCACGUUUUAUCACGGUUGUUGUCCCUUGCGGGGUUUCACAAAGCUUCACGGAUAGACUUUGUUGCAGACCGUUACCCAGAUCAUAGCAUUAAGGCUAACGAGAGAAGUAGAAGAGCUGCCCAAGGAAGCACUCUGGUUAAUAUAUAUGGAAAGAGUCAGCCAACGCCUACGCAAUGGAAGAAGUAUCUCAACAGUGGUAAAAACAAAGAAGCUAUCAUCUCUUUUCUGAUCGACUGUUGGAAAGACUUAAAGUCAGAUGAUUUGACGGGAUUGAUUUUGUACGCUACACGGGGAGAUAAGUGCUUCAAAAUUUCUCCCACAAGUCAAUCUACAAUUGUUGAGACAAUAGAAGUCGUAGAGCUAGAGUGUGAUCACGAAGAAGGAUAUACCCGUUUGCUGCUUCAUGCAAAACACGCAUCCGACAAUGAUUUUUCCGUUGUGGCUAUCAAAAGUCCAGAUACUGAUGUGUUUCUUCUUAUGGUCGCGAUGAAACAGAAUUUCAGUGCCGAUCUACACUUCAUCACCGGAAAUCAGAAUCAAUCAAGGAUCAUUUCAGUGAACGAAGUGUGCGACAAAGUAGGCAGCGAGACAUGUAACUUGAUUGUUGGGUUCCAUGCGUUCACAGGUUGCGACUCUGUCAGUUCCUUCUAUGGUAAAGGAAAAAGAAAAGCCUGGAAAGUUUUGUCUGAAAAUCCCAAAGCCAAAGAUGCGUUCAGAAUACUUGGAGAUGAAGUUGACCCUACCGAGGAUUUGUAUGAACUAUUGGUGGAAUUUGUCUGCGCUUUGUAUGGCCAUAAAGAUAUGACGUGUGUAAACGAAGUGCGGUACUCUAUGUUUCGGCUGGGGAGCUUUUCUGAUGAAUAUCUGCCACCAACACGAGACUGCCUAAAGAAGCACGUCCAACGAGCCAAUUACCAAGCUUUUAUCUGGAAACGAUGUUUACUUGCUUUGAUUGUGACACCAAGUCCAGUGGGAAGAGGUUGGGAAUUGAAAGAUGAAGAAUUAACAAUUCAUUGGAUGACCAGCAAUGUGGCCCCAGAUCAACUAUUGGAGUUUGUAAAUUGUGGAUGUAAGAAAGGGUGCAAUACACAAAGGUGUUCUUGUUUAAAAGCAGGACUACGGUGCACAUAACUGUGUAAAUGCCAGAACUGCGUAAAUACAGUACCUGAUAAUAAUUCAGACGACGAAGAAUACUUGUACGACGAUUUCACCGAAUACUUAGCAUCGGACGUGGAAAGUGAGGACGUUUAA